AUGGCUAGAUAUAAACAUAAAGGAAAUAUUUGUGAGUGACUAUUGGCUCAAGGAUAUGUUUAAAUUCUCGCAUAUAUUUUGAAUUACUUUUAUGUUCAAAAUCAGCGCCAGGACGUUCAAACUUAAAUGGAUCACAAAUGUUCCUUUCUAACAGAGACAACAUCGGCCCUCUUUGCUUUUCGAGCAUUAUUUUGGGAAUCAUGAUUGGUUUUGGUUUAAUGUACUUACAUGAAAGAUAUAAGACAAAGAAAAAUGAAAGUAUAAAAAGGCAAUCAUUUUCCAACAGAACGUAUGGAGAUCUUCUGCCAGUAGAACCUAGAGGCGAUGGAUAUGAAGGGAUACAGAGAACAAGACAGAGAAAUUUAAAUCCGAGAGCCGCCAAUCAAGAUGAAAGUUACACGAAUGUGAUUGAUAAUUACCUGGAUCCAAUAUCUUACAAAGAUCAAGCUGACUAUCUUACACCUCUCCAUAAUGUAUCAAACUCCGCUCUGAGAUAGGAAAACACAGAUUCAUAACAAAGAAAUUCAAACAAACAUACAUGUAUUUAUUCAUAG